AUGAUUGAAGACCUCGUUGCAGGCACGACUCCUGGUCGAGCCUUUCUCUGGUUACUUGGAUCCUUCGUGGUCUUUUGCGUAUUUCGCAAGUUUCAAGCCUCAGCGCAAAUCGCUCGUCUCGGCGCUAGAGCCCCUAAGAUCCAAUUCCGCCUUCCAUACGCCCUGGACUUUGUAUACAAAGGCCAACAGGCAAAUGUCUUGAGUCAAGACCUUGAGUUCUGGGAUGAAACUGUCUCACGAGCAGGCGGAAGGAACAAUGUCAAGACCGCCGAGCUAGACGCUGGCAUCUCCACCCGGGCCAUCAUGACCACGGACCCAGAGAACAUAAAGGCAUUGCUGACGGGCCAGUUUGCGGAUUAUGGAAAGGGUGAGCCUUUCCACCAGGAUUGGAAGGAGUUCCUAGGUGAUAGUAUCUUCACAACCGAUGGAGACCUAUGGUCCCGUUCACGCCAGCUCAUCCGCCCAAUGUUCGCCCGUGAACGUAUCGUCGAUACGGAGAUCUUUGAAAAGCAUGUCCAGCAUCUCAUCCCACUACUCGGGGGCAGCAAUUCGCCAAGCAGCAGCAAAGUCGUCGAUGUCGGUUCCCUCUUCUACCGCUAUACCCUCGACGCAGCAACAGAUUACCUCCUCGGGCAAGGAACAGAUAGUCUCGAGAAUCCGCAGACUGGCUUCGCCGAGGCUUUCAGAUAUGUACAACAACGUCAAUCAGAGCUGUUCCGCUUCGGCGUCUUCAACUUUGCCCUGUCCAAAGUCGAAUUCCGUAAGCAACUCAAGGUCAUGGACGAGUUCAUUCAGCCCUACAUCAGCACUGUCCUCUCUCUUUCAACCGACGAGCUCGACCAAAAGCUCUCAAAGCGCGAGACCUUCUUGGACGCACUCGCCCGCUUCACGCGUGAUCCCCGUGUCCUGCGUGAUCAACUCGUUGCUGUCCUUCUUGCCGGUCGUGAUACAACAGCCGGUACUCUCUCAUUCACAUUAUUUGAACUUUCUCGGAACCCCGACGUCGUGGCCAAGCUGCGACAGGAAAUCCGCAAUCGACUUGGGGUCGGCGCCUCCGGCAAGAAGCCGACAUACACGGACCUGAAAGAGAUGAAGUAUCUUAACGCAGUCAUUCACGAGACUAUGCGUGUAUAUCCAGUUGUUCCAUUCAAUGUGCGCUAUUCCCUGCGGGACACGACACUGCCUCGUGGCGGAGGACCGGAUGGUCUGGAGCCUAUUGGUGUGCGGGCUCAUACUCGAGUCAUAUACUCAACCAUGAAGAUGCAGCGCGAUCCGGAUUUGUACGAUGGGUCUGACUCGAAGAACUACUACGAUCCGCAGAAAUGGAUUCCUGAGCGGUGGGCGACGUGGCAGCCAAGGCCAUGGCAUUUCAUCCCGUUCAAUGGGGGUCCGAGGAUCUGUAUUGGACAGCAGUUUGCGACUAUUGAAAUGGGGUACACUAUUAUUAGAAUUCUGCAGGCUUACGAGCGGAUUGUUGGAUUGCCUGUGGAGGGCAGGGAAAAGGUUGAAGAUCCAGUCAUGAGGUUCGAGGUUACCUUGAGUCCUGGAUCAGAGUUGAACUGUGUUUUCACUAAGGAGGGUGAAACUUGA